AUGUCAGACUUGAUUAGACGUCGUAGGGAUGUGACGAUUACACCGGCAUCAGCAGACAUUGCUCCAGUAUUGAUGGACCAGGACCAUGUGCUUGUUGGUCCCGGGGGAUCCCAGGCACUUGCAUCAUCAGCUUCAUCGGUGGUGCAGCCUGUUAGUGCUAGGCGGCGGCACCGGCCCGCCAGCACCACCGACACCACAUCGACCAACAGUACUGCCAAGAAGAACACCCGAGGGACGUGUCGACAGCUGAAGACGGCGAAGGUCACCCGGGUGACCAACAGUCGUAUCAGCAUCAGAUACGACGAGCGCCACCGGGCUGCACUGACGGCGAAGUUGCAUAGCACCUUGGCCCACGACAUUGGCCACGUCGUUCGGACCCAUUGCCCGAUGCAAUGGAAGUCUUUGAAGGUCAUGCCUGACGAGAUCAAGAUGGAGGUUUGCGAUCAAUUGUUGACGAACUACAACUUAGAGGACCUCGACGAGGAGUCGUUGGCGUACGUCAACAGACUCUUCGCUGAGAGGUACAAGCAGUGGAAGAGCGACUUGUACCACCAUUUUCAAGCGUUUGAUGAUUCGCAAGUCGCUCUUCAGGAGGGUUGCCUGAAGGAGCUUGAGGGGCGAGAGGAUAGUUGGGCGUGGCUCUGCACUCAUUUUCAGGAGCCCGAUUAUGUGAAUAAAGCCCAAGUGAAUAAGGGCAAUAGGAAGAAGAAGACUCUUCUCCACCAUUCCGGCUCCAGGCCCUUCUCAUAUAGGAUGGAUGCACGGCGGCGGGGGGGGUCGAAAUUCCCAGAGAUCGACGUCUUUGGUGACGUUUAUGUUCGACCUGGGAAUGAAUUGGUCGAGUCCCUUCAUAGGAGCCAGUUGGUUCUUCAGGAGUUUGCCUCCCAACUUCCUCCCGAGACUCCGAUUGAGUCUGUGGAUCCUCCACAGGAUGCUGGAUUUCAGAUUUUGACGGAGACGUUGGAUCAGACUCUCGGGAAGAGGCCGGGAACAUAUUGUAGGGGGUUGGGGAAAGCCCGACAGAGGGAACCUCGACCGCAGUCAUCGUCGCAGGCAAACAGUCAGGUGACUGUUUUGACAUCGCGGGUUGCCGAGCUUGAGGGUCGAAUGUCGGUGAUUCUGCAGUCCCUCGCGCGGUCCGGCAUUCCAAUCCCGAAUUUUGGUGCGCCGACCACCGAGCCCGUCUACCUCUAG